AUGGAUGACACUGUCGCACCAAAUGAAUCGGAUCCAGAGGAUUUCAUUGAAGUUAGUGCGGAUAUCAAGGCCCAAAGCAUGGCACUUCUCUAUGAGAUGAACAGCGAAGGAGUGGCUCAAUAUGAUGAACUACUACUUGAAAGGAUAACGGCACAAAUUGGAGAGCAUAAGGUUGGAAUAAUCUCCGUUGCUGGGAAGCCGAGAGGCGGGAAAACUUUCUUCCUGAACUUUCUACUGAGAGUGCUAAGGAAUGGUGAUGCUCGAUUUUUGAGUCAUGAAAGUAUUGGGGGCUAUGAUGGGAUCCCUUUCAAGAACGGCUAUAUCGCUGAUACAAAAGGGAUCCUGGUUUGGCCUAAAGUCUUCUUUCGAAGGGAUAAAUUUGGAGAAGAGAUUGCCAUUCUGCUUGUCGACACUCAAGGAACUUUUGACAACGAGUCCGACAUUGAUCAGUCAAUCAACUACUUUGCUGUUUCUUUACUUUUGUCAUCAAUCCAAGUAUUCAACACCAAAAGUAAUCUCGAUCUACAAGAUUUCGAUGCUUUAAAUCAAUUCAUUGCUUACAGUGACCUCAGCGGGGAUAGUGUUGGCCAACACAUGUUCUUUCUCAUUCGUGACGCGCCAAUUGACAAGGGAUUGACACCGAGUUUUCUCACAAGGAUUAUGGAAGGGUCAAGACGAGCUUCAAAGACACACGAGCUGAUCACUGGGGUAAUGAGAGCUUUCCUCAGGACCGAGUGCUAUUUGGUGCCACGUCCCGAUCAAAAACUGGUCGAUGCUGAUAUGGAGAUCAAGGCAGCUGAUGUCGGCAAAGACUGCCAUGAUUGCUUGGCAGAUGCCGCCAACCAUCUCAUCCAAAAUCUCGAACCAAAAACUGUUCAAGGUGUAACUCUAACUGGAUCAACUUUGAAAUCAUAUGCAAAGGAUGUAUUUGAAAAGAUGAAGUCUAAAGGAAGGAAUAAAAUCGGAACACUGUUUGACGCGAUGAAAACAAUGGCUUUUGAUGCAGCGAAGAAAGGCGGCAAAGCGGCUUUCAAAGAUGGAUGGAAUAGAUUCAACCAGAUCCACCAUUUUCAACCGAUUGCACCGAGAGAGUUUGCGGCUGAGUCAAAGAGUAUACUUGAACAAGCGAAGAACGCCUAUUUGAGUGUGGUGCGAUACGGAAGUGAAGAAAGCCGACAAGAGCAUUUCAACAAUUUCCUUUCCGAAUUGAUGGAAAAAUGUGAGGACAAGAAAACGUUCAAUGAUGAAAAGUAUCGAGAUCAGAAAAUCGCAUCAGCUUACGAGGCGGCCAUUCAACUUUAUGAGAAAGAAAGUCAACCAACUUUCAUGAAAAUCCUUGAACAGCGAUCCUUCGACAACAUUCAAAAGCAACACCAAGCUGCUUACAAGAAAGCGUUGAGCUUGUUUGACAAGGAAACGAACGAAUUCUUGAUGGACACAGACUUGGCUAUCAAAAAGCGAAUGAAAUUAGUCGAGUUGAUUGAGAAUCGAUCAUUUGAUAUUUUGCGAGAAAACUCGAUGCAAAGCAUUCGUGAAAAGGGUAGAGAGCUCUGUGAUCUCGUUGUGAACAAGUACCGGGAUUUCUUGAUGAUGAAACAAUCGGAGAUCACAAAACCGGAGGAAAUCGAGAAGUCUAUCGAAGAGGCGAGAAAUCAAUUGACUGACAACAUUUUGGAAGAGAAAAACAACUUGCUCACCCAAAUUCAACAGGAGUUUCCACAAUUGGCGUUUGAGGAAGUGGAUCAAUAUUUGGAGACAAUAAACGAUAAGGCAUUGGAUUUCAUGAUCAAGAGAGUCGACCAAGAGUUCAAGAUGAUCGCUGGCGCUCUCCUGAAAACCCAAGAGAUCGAAAAACAAAUGCAUGCCAAAGAACAAGAACAACAAUUGAAUGAAGCACUCAUUCGACAAGAAAUUGGAAUUUUGAGAGCAAGUGCUGACCAGUUGCGAGAAAAGGACAAAGUGAAUGAAGAACGACAAUUGGAAGCAGCUCGGAAAGAAGCGCAAGCCAUUGAAAAAGAGAAACAACAACAGAAAGAUGCCGAGAAGACACGACGACUGAUUCUGGGGUUGCAACAAUCGCUGGAUAAAUCAAAACAAGACAUGCAGCUAAUCACUGGCAAGCCAGUUGUGUUGGGAAUCGAUUUGGGAACCACGUAUUCCUGUGUUGGUGUCUGUGUGGAUGGAGAGGUGACGAUCAUUCCAAAUGAAUACGGAAAACAAACCACUCCAUCGCAAGUUGCUUUCACUGAUACCGAGAUUCUCGUGGGAGAAGCGGCAAGGCAGCAAGCCACGAGGAAUUCUGGGAAUACAAUCUACGACACAAAAAGAUUGAUUGGCAGAAAGUUCAAUGAUCCAGUCGUUCAACAAGAAAUGAGGCACGUGCCUUUUGAAGUAGUUGACGUGGAAAAUGAACCAAGAAUCAAAGUAACGAGAAGUUGCACGGAUUAUGUUUACACGUCAAGAGAAAUCUCUGGAAUGAUACUGAAAAAGUUGAAGGAAUUGUCACAAGGAUUUCUUGAUCGAGAGCUCACAAAAGCUGUGAUCACAGUCCCGGCUUAUUUCAAUGAUUCUCAACGCAAUGAAACGAUUCUUGCAGCUGAAGAGGCUGGCUUACAAGUGCUGAGAAUUGUGAAUGAGCCAACGGCUGCUGCAAUUGCCUAUGGAAUCAAUAAUCGAUCCGAAAAACCAAGAACCUUUCUAGUGUUCGACUUUGGAGGUGGAACCCUCGACGUUUCCAUCAUCACCGCUCACAAUGGCACUUUCGAGACAAAAGCCACUAGUGGAGAUACACAUUUGGGUGGAGAGGAUUUGAACAACAAGCUUUUGGAGCACGUUUUAAGCAUUGCCUCAAAGAAAGGAUUCAUUCUUGAUGGAAAUAAGCGAGCUGUCAUGCGUCUCUACCUCCAAUGUGAAUUGGCAAAGAUCCAAUUAUCAUCAGAAACAAAGGCUGAAAUCAAUGUUCCUUCAUUGGUGCUCGGGAAAGACUUCAAAGUGUCGAUUAGUCGAGCAAAGUUUGAGAACAUUUGCGAAGAGAUCUUUGAGCGAGCACUCCAACCAGUGAAGCAAGCGAUGAGUGAUGCGAACUUGACGGCUGCUGAAAUUGAUGAGAUAUUGAUGGUUGGCGGCUCAAGCAGGAUCCCAAAGGUGCGAAAGAUGUUGAGCGAACUCUUGGACAACAAAGAGCUAAACACAUCUCUGAACGCUGAUGAAGUGGUUGCUUAUGGAGCAGCUAUACAAGCGGCAAAGAUCUCCGGUGAUCAACACGAAAAAAUCCGGAAUCUUGUCUUCAAAGAGGUCACUCCUCUUUCACUUGGCAUUGAAGUGGAUUGGCAAACGACAAUGUCAUUCAAAGUUUAUCAAGGAGAACGAAAAAGGGCGGCGUUAAACUAUUUACUUGGUCAAUUUACCAUCGAAGUCACAAGCGCCAAGCAAGGAGAGACGACCGUGGAUGUGACGUUCUCGCUAGAUGAGAAUGGCAUUCUGGAGGUCACCGCCGAAGAGCUCUGUUCGGGGAAAAGCAAUUCGUUGAAAAUCGAGAAAAGCACAAACACCAGAGAUGUGAGAGACAUCGAAAGAAGCCACAGAAGCAAGGUUUUCCCAGCUGAGUAUCGA